AUGUUAAAACAAGACACGACCAAGACAAGACACGACCAAGACAUGACACGACCAAGACAAGACAAGACCAAGACAAGACAAGACCACAAGACAAGACCUAGACAAGACACGACCAAGACAAGACAAGACCAAGACAAGACACGACCAAGACAACAAGACACGACCAAGACAAGACACGACCAAGACAAGACAAGACACGACCAAGACAAGACACGACCUAGACAAGACACGACCAAGGCAAGACACGACCACGACAAGACACGACCAAGACAAGACACGACCAAGACAAGAUACGACCAAGACAAGACCAAGACAAGAUACGACCAAGACAAGACCAAGACAAGACACGACCAAGACAAGACACGACCUAGACAAGACACGACCAAGGCAAGACACGACCACGACAAGACACGACCAAGACAAGACACGACCAAGACAACAAGACACGACCAAGACAAGACACGACCAAGACAAGAUACGACCAAGACAAGACCAAGACAAGACACGACCAAGACAAGAUACGACCAAGAGAAGACCAAGACAAGACACGACCAAGACAAGACACGACCAAGACAAGACACGACCUAG